AUGAGGCAGACAGUCGUGUUUUCUGUCUCAGUCUCGUCUCGUCUUCUUUGCUCCCUUACCUUUUUCUCUGCUCGAGUUGGUCGCCUUAUCUUCCGAGCCGGACCACGACCCCGGGUUUCAAACUGGGAGAGAAACGUCAACAAUGAAAACUUGGUCGGAAUCCUCCUCUCCGUCGUCACCAUCAUCGCCGUCCUGACGGUUUUCGUCCCCUCGGCGGAUGGAUUAAGCUGCUACAUUUGCAGAGGAGACGGAUCUGCUGAAUCAGCUCGACGAAGGGAUUACAUUGAUGAUCUGAUUAAGGAAAAUAAGGCAAAUGAUGCAUAUCGUGCAAAGAAGGAUGGAGCCGUCCCCUGCACAACUUUCGACUCCGAAGCUAAAAAUCGUGACAAGUACAGGGCGGAAUGCCCAUUCCAUUGGGAAGAGCCGUUUUGCUUCGCCAGCAAGUCCCGUGGCAGCGGAUGUGGCUUCAAAAAGGCUGCAGCAACUUUUGGCGAUGAGUUGAACAUGAAUGGAUGCAAUUCGAAGAGUUAUUGUGUGUGCAACUCGGACUUUUGCAACACGGCCAACAACAUGAAUGAUGCCUCCAAACGCGUCGUCGUCACCCUGCUCGGCGUCGGUUACCUCGUCCGAGGCUACUUUGGCAGCGGGGGAGGCUUCUGAAUCUACAGGCGGAAAUCUCUACUUAUCCACGCGAUGCGGUUAUCAGGGAAAAAAUCUUACUUGUAAAUGUUUAAAGAGGCGAUUUAUUACUUUUGGGAACGGUACAAAAUUCAUAUUGGGUACAAAAUUGUAAUAUGAUUGGAUCAAUGGGGAGAAAAAUUAUUGGGAAUAAAUUGUUGCCUCUCUUUAUAAAUAUGAUGUACGAUGUACUCAAUUAGUUUA